AUGUCUUCAUCAUCAAACUCACUCAAUUGCUUUCAAAGUGUUCCGGAGGGGUUUCACAGCGCUGUCGAUGACUUGAAUCGAGUGCAUCCCGAUAUUAUCAAUGAAAUGGCUCACAAGACAGUCAUGUUUAUUCUUGGAAAAGGAUUGGGAUGUUAUGUGGAUGAUUACCAGGGUUGGAUUUCCGAUGUGAAUAAUCAAGCCUUGUCGAGCAAGCAAAUUGAAAAUGUGAUAAAUCUUCUCUUGUAUAUAUUCCGUACUGCUCGGCAAUUUAGAGUAGCUCUUGCAGAUUUUCCAAAAUUAUUGAGAUCAAACACACAAAUUCAAGUGAACAAAAUCAAAGUCAUGUGUCCCGAAUAUGAAAUUUUAUUGGAACAAACAAAAUUAAGGGAAGACAAUGAUACAUCAUCUACCACUGAAUCCACUCAACAAGAUAAAAAGUUUUUAGAUGAUUUUGAAUUGCCUCGAUUGAAACAUUUGGAUUGGAAAUUGAGUAUUGCAACGGCGUCGAGUUCAUGCGAGAAUUUACAGAGCGCAAAAGUGACUCUUACAAUGCUCAUGACCAAUAGUCAGAGAAAAACAAUUGAUCUAACGUUGAGUGAAUUUAAGAGAAUGUAUUCAGAAUUUUCAGAUAUGGCUGGUCUUAUUGAUUCAUUGUAA